UCUCAACUUCUUGCUUGUUCGUUGUCAUUUUAUAAAUAUAGACAAUUUCCCUUUUCCCUGAUUCAUUCAUUUCAAUCCUAAGCAAGUUUCCUUUUCUUUCGCUUCCCACCACAAACAUCACCCAUAAGCAUCAACAGGGCAGGAAAAAUUAACAAUGGCGCCCUUCUGUAGUCUCUGUGCAGUAACACCAUCAUCUUCAACAACUUACAUAAGCUGUUUAAGUGCUUCAAAUGACACCAUCUUUUCAAAUCCCACUUUCAAACUUCCCCUUAUCUUUCCAUGGCAAAAGAAAGAAAAGGUGAAAAUGGGUCCUUUAAGUGUUUCUCCAAUGGGAUUUGGGACUUGGGCAUGGGGGAAUCAACUCUUAUGGGGUUAUCAAGAAUCCAUGGAUGAUGAACUUCAACAAGUUUUCAAUCUUGCUGUCGAUAAUGGCAUCAAUCUUUUUGAUACUGCUGAUUCUUAUGGGACUGGGAAAUUAAAUGGGCAAAGUGAGAAGCUUUUGGGAAAGUUCAUUCGUGAAUAUAAAGGGAAGAGAGGAGUGCAGGAUAACAUCGUGAUUGCAACAAAAUUUGCUGCAUAUCCAUGGCGGUUGACCCCAGGACAAUUUGUAAAUGCUUGCAAGUCUUCUCUUGAUAGAAUGGAACUGGAGCAGAUUGGGAUAGGACAGUUGCACUGGUCAACAGCAAAUUAUGCUCCGUUGCAGGAGAUGGCUCUUUGGGAUGGAUUAGUUGCAAUGUAUGAGAAGGGAUUAGUUCAAGCCGUUGGUGUUAGCAAUUACGGUCCAAAGCAACUUGUAAAGAUAUAUAAUUAUCUCAAAGAUAGAGGAGUUCCUCUAUGCUCUGCUCAGGUGCAAUUUUCACUGUUAAGCUUGGGAGAUGAACAGUUGGAGAUCAAGAAUAUAUGCGACUCCUUAGGCAUCCAAUUAAUUGCGUAUAGUCCUCUUGGGCUUGGGAUGCUUACAGGAAAAUAUUCUUCUUCAAACUUGCCAAGUGGGCCCAGGUCCUUUUUGUUUCGACAAAUUCUGCCAGGAUUGGAACCUUUGCUGCUUUGUUUGAGGGAAAUCGCCAAUAAACGUCAGAAAACUAUGAGUCAAGUAGCUAUUAACUGGUGCAUCAGUAAGGGUACCAUUCCUAUACCUGGUGUCAAGACUAUCAAACAAACCCAAGAAAAUCUCGGUGCUCUUGGUUGGCGUCUCAGUAGGGAUGAAGUAACUCUAUUGGAAGAUGCAGCGCGACAAUCUCCUCGCAAAAUGAUCCAGAACAUAUUUCAGACUAGGUGAUGAAGCCAAGGCUGAAGCAUGGGAACAAUACCGCCACGAUUUCAAGCUAUAUAGUCAUCGUCUCACAGAUGAAACAUACUCUUACUGUUCAUUAUCCCAACUUCUGAAUUUCAAGCUACAUAUUACACAGUCGAAAUUUCAAGGGAAGUCGAUUCUGUGUGGAAGGUGAUCUGAUCAUCAAUCAAAUUUAUGGUUUGCUGGAUCUAGUUGAAGUUGGCUUGUUCAAAUGUAUGUAAAGAGCUUGAAAAUGGAGAGAAUAUAUAUUCCUUUGUUGUAUCUUGAUCUCAAAUGUGAUUUAGGAAGUGUGGAGGCUCUGGCUUUUAUUAUCUU